CUUGAAGCGACGCCUCGUUGCCACCCCAACAAGCGUGAGAUUCCUCCAGCCAAUCUCUGGAAGUAUGUCAUCGCUGACGAUGGAUCUACAUUUUGCCGUGGAUGCUCCAGUGAAUUCGACGUUGGCAUGGCAACUACCACCGCCGUUCGCUUACGUCGACUUGCUGGACAACAGCGUUAUGGCAACACUGACUGUUGAUGGACAACAAAAUGCCGUGUUUACCACCACAAGCGACUUGUCGACCCGUGUGAUCUUGUUCACGCUCGUGAACAAUGCGCUCAUCACAGCAGGAAGCGGCAUUCACUUGACCUUAGCAUGUGCCGUACCGCCGUCGUCGGGCAUACCAGACACGUACUCGGUUCAGCUUUUAGACAACUCGAACGGCCUUUUGGACACUGUGACCGCUCAACCUGCGACUGCUACUCAGCCAAGCACAUUAAGAGUUGGGUACGUUGGCAUGCAGUCCCAUCGAGCAGCCCAAGACGCUGGCAUCCUCGUGUCGUUUUCCACCGGUGUAGCCAUUCCUUCCAACGGCGAGUAUGUCUUUGAGCUUCACGCGGCAUUCAACUUGAGCUCCGCUGUGGAGCUGCACAUGCUGACUGGAUUGGGCAAUCACACCACCAGUCAAGCCAACAACGCCGUUAAAAUCAAGCGGAACGGUGACGGUGGAGUGGUUCCUCCUGGGACCACCAUCGCGUUUUGGCUCCGAAACGUGUGGAACCCACCAUCAGACGGAGUGCUGAACAGCGUUGGCGUGCUGAAGACCGCAACAGCCGAAGAGUUUGUGCUGGAGCAAGUUGCUCUUGCCACAACAACCGUGUAUUCAGCCGUCACCAAUUGCUUGGCGAGGUGUGCGCCAGGCUUCACCACGGCGUCGUUUACACUGACGGACGACUCGUGCGUGCAAUGUCCUGCAGGGGCGUUUUGUACUGGAGGCUGUGAACCCCCCACUCAAUGUCCCGUGGGCACUGCAUCCAGCGCCCUUCAAUCCACGUCGGUGUCUGCGUGCCAUGCGUGCCCUCCUGGGACAACCGCACCUUCAACAGGCAGCGUUGUGUGCACACCGUGCCCCGCUGGGAUGCAGUGCCCCACUCCGACGUCGCCACCGGCAAAUUGCCCCCCAAACACGUUUAGUUUGGGCGGGGCGGCGUCGUGCUCAUCCUGUCCUCUCGGGUAUGGGUGCUUGCAAGCAUCAGCAGCCCCAUUAGCUUGUGCCCCUGGCACUUACUCGUUGACGGGAAGCUCACUGUGCACGACAUGUCCACCUGGGUCUUCCUGCCCCAACGCGACGGCGCCUCCCCAACCAUGUCCGACUGGCACGUACGCUCUUGGCAGCGCAGCGGUCUGUUCUCCCUGCAUGCCAGGGCAAGCGUGCGCAAUCACAACUGCCGCCCCCUUGACGUGUGUCAACGGCACAUAUGCAGAUGGUCUUUCGACGGCGUGCACGAUAUGCCCUGCCGGAUCGAGCUGCCCCACGACGACGAAUCUUCCCAUGCCAUGCCCGUUGGGCACAUACAGUCUGGCUGGGGCCAUGACGUGCACGGCGUGCCCCGCUGGACGAUCUUGCGUGUCACCAUCCGUCAUGCCCGUUGCAUGCGCCGUUGGGACAUACAGCGUGGAAGGAAAUGGCACCUGCACGACGUGUCCGCAGGGGUAUUCUUGUGUGAACAACGAUCUCCAGCCUUGCAGCCCUGGCCAGUACAGCCUCCAUGGUGAAAUCUAUUGCACACCGUGUCCUGCUGGAUCUAGCUGUGCGAGCACAACGCAAGCACCCGUGGCUUGUCCAAGUGGCGCGACGUCAACGGCAGGCCAACGCUCGUGUGAUCCAUGCGAAGCAGGGUUUCAGUGCCCGAACCCCUCGAUGCCGCCCCAACCGUGUGGUGCUGGGUAUUAUUCUGGCGUAGGCAGCACGACAUGCACGGUUUGUCCUGCAGGCUCGUUUUGCAAUUCGACAUCCAUGCCGCCAAUUCCUUGCCCGCUGGGUUCUACGAGCAGUUCCGUAGGAAGCACUGCAUGCACACCGUGUCCUCCAGGCAUGAAGUGCACGACAACGUCGGGCGCCCCCACGAAUUGCUCUCCAGGGACGUACAGCUCUGGUUCGCAAAGCGCCUGCGUGACGUGCCCCGCUGGCUAUGCCUGCUAUUCCACGACACUGUCGUCCCCAGUAGCUUGUUUACCAGGGACGUAUGCACUGGCCGGUGCAACCAAUUGCACGACGUGUGCCCCUGGAAAGUAUUGUCCAAGUGUGGACCAAGCCGUUCAACUGGCAUGCCCGCCGGGGUCCUUUGCUUCUGGAGGCGCUGCCAAUUGUACCCUGUGCCCAAGUGGAUUUGCGUGCCCCACGCCAGACGGGUCCGGCAACGUGGCAUGCGCGGCAGGGUACUUUUCCACUGGCGGCAUGACUGUAUGCACGAAGUGUGCCCCGGGGUUUUCGUGUCCUUUUACGUUCGCCAGCACGCAAAUCCCAUGCCCACCGGGGAAGUAUAGCGCUGGUGGUCUCGCCGAGUGUAUUCCAUGUCCAGCUGGGUAUGCGUGCGCAGAUCCAACUUCCGCGACCAAAACCCCGUGUGCCCUCGGCACGUACUCGGACAUUGGCCAAAGCAGCUGCACCCAAUGUCCCGGUGGCUAUCAGUGCUUGUCUCCCAGUAGCUCCAACAUCACGCGGUGUCCAUUGGGAAUGUACUCGAAAGAAGGGCAGUUCGACUGCACUGUGUGUCCUUCCGGGUCCAGUUGUGGCGAUCUUUGCGCGUCUCCCACGGCAUGCCCCCCUGGGCACUAUUCGCUGGCUGCCCAACCGUCCUGCACAGCUUGCCCUCCUGGUUACGAGUGCCCUCAGUCGACGCAGCCCCCUCAGCCUUGCCCAAUUGGGUACUGGAGCCCUGGUUCGUCGGUGAAUUGCUUGCAAUGCAGCCCUGGCUAUCGUUGCAGUUUGGCUUCGACAUCUCCGACCCCUCCAGAGGAUGCAUGUCCUGCCGGAGGGUUUUGCAACCCACCCACAACCUUCUUCAUGUGUCCACCUGGGACGUAUGGCAAUACGACUGCUGGCCAGAGCGUAGCGCAUGCAUGCACUCCGUGCCCCGAGGGGUUCUUCUGCCCGAGCGGGUCCACGUCUGUCAGUAUGCAGCCCUGUCCUCCAGGCUUCUACUGCCCGCUUUCCACCGCAACGAGCACCACGUUUCCCUGUCCAGCGGGUCAAUACAGUCCGGACUCGUAUGCUACGUCAGCUGCCGCGUGCAGAAGCUGUCCUGCAGGCUCCUAUUGCCCCGCAGGCAGCGCCAAACCAAUCCUUUGUCCGUCGGGGUCAUAUUGCCCUGCAAAUACGCAAAGCGCGACGCAGUUUCCGUGCCCGGCGGGAACGUAUGGAGACAGUCAGAAUGGAGCCACUACCGCCGCGCAGUGUAUUCCAUGCACGAUGGGCAACUAUUGCCCUCAAGGAUCCGUGAGCCCAACUCCAUGCCCAGCUGGCCACUACAAUCCGUUCCAAUCAGGGUCUGGCAUCCACGAAUGCAUCCCGUGUCCAGCGGGGUGGUCCUGUCCCCACGUUGGCCAAAUUGGGUACACUGACCUCUGCGCUCCAGGCCACUACUGUCCCAUGCAGACGGUGUCUGCCUUCUCCAACGAGUGUCCUGCCGGGACGUUUACGGACAGCAGCAACCUCACUCGUGCUGCCGAUUGCUCUGUGUGCCCGGAAAGAUUUGCGUGCUACAGCGGUACCGGUGCCAACGCGUUGCAGAAGCUGAGCUGUGCCGCAGGCUUUUUUUGCCCCAACGGCACCGCGUUCCCAAAGCAGUUUCCAUGCCCACCUGGGUUUUGGAGCAGCAGCACGAAUUUAGCUAGCGCAAGUGAAUGCUCCGAAUGUCCUGCCGGAUCGUUCUGUUCGGGUGGAGGGGCUGCCGUGGACGGUCCAUGUGCUCCAGGCCACUAUUGUCCGAUGCAAACGCCCGCUCGAGAUCGCUAUCCCUGUCCAGCUGGCACGUACACGGGGGCUACAGAUCUCACCGAUGCCUCCCAAUGUUCCAGCUGUCCCCCCGGUAGUUACUGCCCUGAAGCUUCGGUGGCUCCUGUGCCGUGCCCAGCAGGCUCGUACACGCCCGACAUCAAUACGACGGCCGCGGGACCGGGGGUAUGGCCAAGGUGCACGUACUGCCCCGCUGGAAGCUUCUGUCCGGCUGGUAGCAUCACUCCAAAUCCAUGCGGGGUGGGGUUUCAUUCACCUCUGGGGUCGGGUGUCUGCCGCACGUGCAACGCAGGCUAUUUCUGCGGCAGCAACACCACACCGACGGACCUGUUGCCGACCUCUGCAGGACUGUGGACCUCUCGUGGAUCGGUGUUUGGUCGGUGCUACAACGGCACGUACUGUCCUCCUGGCAUGACCUACGAGCCGACGCUUCAAUCGAACGCGUGCCCCCAGGGCCAUUACUGUCCGAUUGCAACACCCACGCCGGUGUAUUGCCCAGCCGGGACAUUCAACAACGUAACUGGGAUGGACUCUCUCAGUGGAUGCAUUCCAACUCCUGCUGGGUACUACAGCUUGCAGGCCUCGAUCGUUCCGACUGGCACUUGUUCACCGGGGUAUUAUUGCCCGCCCAUGUCGACAUCUGCGACGCAAGUCGCGUGCCCGCCUCGAUAUUACCUCGAUCGAACGCAAGGGCGUGCCCAAGACGAUUGCAUGGUUUGUCCGGCUGGAAAGUACUGCACCAUCGCGUCGACAAGGCCGAUCGAUUGCCCCCAAGGUUACUAUUGUAUCACGGGCACGUCAGACCCUGAGCCUUGUCCGCUGGGCACGUUUGGCAACGCCACCAACCUCAAAAUGAUGGAGAACUGCAACACGUGCCUGCCAGGAAUGUACUGCGAUGGAACUGCGCUUACAAAUCCAAGUGGGCCAUGCGAUGCAGGGUUUUACUGCACGGGCGGCUCGUACACGUCAGCUCCAAGUGGCUCUGCUGGAACUGCAGUGUACAGCUCUGGUGGCUUAGUAGGAGGGUUGUGCUCGAAAGGGGGAUAUUGCCCCCUUGGCUCGUACACUUCGAUUCCGUGUCCUGCCGGCACGUUCAACAACGCCACAGGGGCCCAGAGCUUUUCCGACUGUUCUCCAUGCCCGCCAGGGUCGUACUGCCAAAGCAGCGGCUUGGCUUUACCAACGGGUGGAUGUGCAGCAGGUUAUUACUGCACAUUGGCGGCAACGACGCCGACCCAAAACGAAUCUCCCAUCGGCUACUACUCACCGGAAGGAGCGUAUGGACCUUCUGCCUGCGCCCCAGGAACGUACAACAACCAAGUGCGCCAAGCCAAGUGCACGAACUGCCCCGAGCGAUUUUACUGCAACGGAACUGCUACUGUGACCCCCGAAGCGUGUCCUGGAGGGUACUACUGCCCCCAAGGCACGUCGUUGCCGCAAAAGUGCCCUGCUGGUACAUUUAGCAACGUCACAGGACUCGCUCAAAUCUCCGAAUGCUUGCAAUGCCCCCCUGGAUUUUACUGCGCGUCCAGUGGGUUGACUCAACCUACCGGACCUUGCAUGGCUGGCUAUACGUGCACAGGAGGCGCUCCCUUUCAAAAUCCAAACAACCAAGUGUUCGGGACGGUGUGCCCGACCGGCGCGUAUUGUCCGCAAGGUUCUGCGAUACCUGUGCUGUGUCCUCUCGGCACGUACCGCCCGAACAUUUUAGGCCAGUCCCUCGCAGACUGUUCGCAAUGCCCGGGCGGAACAUUUUGCAACGGCACUGGCCUUGUCGCGCAGUCUGGGCUUUGUGCUGCAUCGUACUACUGCACCCUGGCUGCUUCAACGCCCACACCGACCGACGGUGUUACUGGCAAUAUUUGCCCGAUGGGGUACUUCUGUCCGGCCGGCGUGAGCCAACCGCUCAAGUGCGCGGAAGGAACAUUUAGUGCUCUGCUUGGUCAAGCUUCGUGCACUCCGUGCCCGGCAGGAUCUUACUGCGAUGGGGUCCAAACGUCGUCGAGACUGCUGUGCCCAGCAGGGUUCUAUUGCCCACCAGGAACAAAUGCCAAUCCGUACCCGUGCCCGAUUGGGACUUUUAGCAAUGCCACUGGACUUGCCAAUGCAUCCCAAUGCACGCCGUGCACGGGUGGAUCCUUUUGCAGCAUGACUGGGCUCUCAAUUCCAACCGGACCGUGUUUACCGGGAUACUACUGCGUUGCUGGUGCUAUCAACUCCCGAGGUCAGCUCAGCUCGAAUGGAACCGUGGGUAGCUGUCCUGCUGGAAAGUAUUGUCCUGGGGGCACGUUUUUGCCCCAGCCUUGUCCACUAGGAACGUACCUGCCAUCGGUGGGUGGAAUCGCUGUCGAAGAUUGCUUGCUCUGCCCUGGAGGGUCGUAUUGCAACGUGUCCGGGGCGACCGCCCCCAGUGGUUUCUGUGCUGCGGGGUAUUUCUGCUAUCAAAGCAACGUGUCUCCUCAGCCGACAAGCACCAGUGUGACAGCCUCUGGCGUGGCUGUCGGCGGAGAUAUUUGCCCCACGGCGCACUACUGCCCCUCGGGCUCGAGCAUGCCAAUACCCUGUGCCCAAGGCACAUAUGCCAUCACCCCAGGCAUGUCCGCCUGCGCGACUUGCCCUGCAGGAUAUUAUUGCCCCACUGGUAUCGACGCCUUCCACUCGUACAUAUGCCCUGCUGGGUACUAUUGUCCAGCAGGCACAACUCGCGCCGACCAAUUUCCAUGUCCCCAAGGGUCGUUCAGCAACCAAACUGGGUUGACCAGUGUCGGGCAGUGCACAUUGGCACCUGGCGGGACGUUUGUGAACAUCGUGGCGGCAACCGCUCCGACUGGAAACUGCUCGAGCGGGUACUAUUGCAUUGGCGGCGCCUUGAACGCAACCCCAACAAAUGGCCCUCUCGGCGGCCUCUGUCCGUUGGGAGCGAGUUGUCCGUCUGGGUCGUCGCUCCCGACGCCUUGUAAACCAGGUUUCUACUGCCCAGACAUUUCCACGACAUUGCCGUGCAAAGCAGGCUUUUACUGCAUACAGGGCUCGUACACGGACACCCCGACCGGACAAACGAAUUCGUUUGGCGUGAUCGGGAAUGAGUGCCCUUUGGGAAGUUACUGCCCAGAGGGAUCUAGCAACCCCACGCCGUGUCCUGCGGGUACCUAUGGGAAAUCGAAGCAACUCAAGGAUGUCUCUGGCUGCACGAGCUGCGACCCAGGAUUUAUGUGUCCGACAACCGGCCUCACAAGUGCAAUAGUCCCAUGUACAGCCGGCUCGUACUGUCCUGGUGGCCAGAAAAGUGCCUCGGAGCACUUCUGUCCUCUUGGCUCCUCUUGUCCGCAAGGGUCCAUCGCGCCGCAACCAUGCGCCGCGGGCAAGUAUGCUGACCAAACUGGACAGGUUUCGUGCCAGACGUGCCCUGCGGGGUUUUUCUGCGUCAGCGGCUGCAUCACGCCUGAGUCAUGUCCCCAAGGGUACUAUUGCCCCAGCGGCACUCAAAAUGGGACAAGUCUUCGCUGUCUUCCAGGCACCUAUGGUGAAUUCAUCCAACUUCAGUCCGCGACAAACUGCACCAACUGUCCACCGGGCAAGUUCUGUUCUGGCCUUGGCAAUACUGACGCUCCAACCGGGAACUGCGCGCCUUCCUACUAUUGCGCAGGUCGCGCCAGUUCGCCCCAACCAAACGAUAACUUCACCACGGGAGGCCUUUGUUCCGCUGGACAUGUGUGUGUCGGGGGUGCGUCCGUUUCAGCCCCCAACGACCAUGUCACUGGCUACGCAUGUCCCCCGGGUGCCUUUUGCGUACAAGGGUCAUCCUUCGAAGUGGGUUGCUCGCCCGGGUAUUACAGUCCGUUUCCAGGGGCUUGGAGCUGCCUGGAUUGCCCCAUCGGCGCAUACUGCCCUCAGAACACGUCCGUUCCCGUGCCUUGCCCCACUGGAGCCUUCUGCCCCAUUCGGUCGAGUCUCCCCCUGCUGUGCCCAACGGGAACAUACAGCAGCAACACGAUGCUGGUCAACUCAAGUCAAUGCAACUUAUGUAUUCCUGGGUCGUACUGCAACUCAACAGGACUCACACAGCCAAGCGGGCCGUGCCUCCCUGGAUAUAUCUGCGCUGGAGGCUCGCCGGUUGCAAACCCAGUCGACAAAUCGUACGGGUCUCUCUGCCCCCCGGGGGCAUAUUGUCCACUGGGUUCAGCAACUGGAACCCACUGCCCCCUCGGGACAUAUCGACCAAGUCUGCAAGGGCAGGCAGAGUCCGACUGCGCUCCAUGUCCUGGAGGGACUCAUUGCAAUAGCUCUGGCCUCGUGGCCCCCUCUGGGCUAUGCAGUGCUGGGUACUAUUGCUCGCUUGGAGCACUUACUCCUACUCCCGUCGAUGGAGUCACGGGGAACAUUUGCCCCAUGGGCUUUUAUUGCCCGGCAGGAUCGGUCCAGCCAUUGCGAUGCCUAGAAGGCACAUACGCAGACGCUAUCGGCCAAGCCACAUGCACCAUUUGUCCUGCCGGGUCGUACUGCGAUGGCGUCGCCACCGACAGGCACUUCAUCUGUCCCGUCGGUCGUUAUUGCCCCCAAGGAACGAAAGCUACGCCUCUACUGUGCCCCCCUGGAAGCUUCAGCAACGUCUCCGGGUUGGUAAAUAGCAGUCAGUGCAUGCCUUGUACGCCGGGACAGUUUUGUUCCUCGGCUGGCCUCUCUGCCCCCACUGGGCCAUGUCAAGCUGGCUUCAAGUGCCAAGCAAGUUGUGUCAAUCCAUUCGGACAAUUUUCAAACCUCGCCACGACCAACUCGACGCUGUCUGUCAACGUAUCGGAAUGUCCAGAGGGCAAUUAUUGCCCAGAGGGGACGUUCCUGCCGACUCCGUGUCCUUUUGGAACAUAUCUUCCACGAACGAAAGGCGAGUCCCUGGCUGACUGCUUGUUGUGCCCUCCGCGGCAUUACUGCAACUUGUCGGCGGCGCGCUCUCCUGCUGGCCUGUGCGACCCAGGUUACUACUGCGUCCUGAACAACAUCCUCGCCCAGCCAACAGGACUGCAAACACUCGUCAAUGGAACAGCAGCAGGCGGAACGAUAUGCCCGACAGGACAUUUCUGCCCACGUGGGUCGAGUACACCACAAUCGUGCCCUGAAGGAACGUAUGGUCCUUCCGAAGGGCUCGACAUUUGCCUCACGUGCCCUGCUGGGUACUUCUGUCCUGCGGGAAUCGAUUCGUACAUGAGUUUCACCUGCCGCCCUGGUUACUACUGUCCCCCUGGAACUCCUCGCAGCGAUACGUAUCCUUGUCCUCGGGGAACCUUCAGCGCUCAAUCGGGCCUGCAGAAUGUGACGCAGUGCACGUUGGCACCUGGAGGGAUGUACGUCAGCACUAUCGCCGCCACUGCCCCCACAGGCAACUGCUCGACGGGGUACUACUGCCUCAAAGGUGCCAUCUCGGCAACACCAGACGACUCUGUCGAAAUGUUUGCUGGGCAUUGCCCGUUCGGCACAUUCUGCCCUGAAUCGACAUCCUUGCCAACUCCAUGCGAAGCUGGCAAGUACUGUUCGUCGUCCAACCUGCAGGCGGCGUCCCCAUGCUCCCCUGGUUUCUAUUGUGUACAAGGAUCGUACACAGGCACACCAACAGGGCAACUGAACGCCAAGGGCAAAAUAGGUGACGAGUGCCCGCCCGGUAGCUACUGUCCUGCGGGAACGAGCAACCCGAUCCCAUGUCCGACUGGCACUUACUCCAACACGAAACAAUUGACCAAUGCUUCGCAAUGUACGCCGUGCGCGGCGGGCUUUGUGUGUCCAGGUACAGGCAUCGUCGUCCCGACCGAGCCGUGCCCUGCAUCCAAGUACUGUCCUGGAGCAAACGUCCAAGUGGAUUGUACGGUUGGACACUAUUGUCCGGCCGGGACGUCCAUCCCAAUCCCGUGCCCGGGUGGGACAUUCUCCAGCACCACGGGACUCGCCGAGUGCUUGCCUUGUCCGCGUCGGUACUAUUGCGAAAUCGGCACGGCGAACCCACUUCCGUGCCCCGCCGGUCAUUAUUGCCUCCAGAAUACCUCCUCGCCCACUCAAUACCCGUGUUUACCCGGGACGUACAGCAACGAUACUUCUCUUGGUGAUUCAAACGAGUGCCGCUCGUGUCCUCCUGGGCUCUAUUGCUCGGGCCAAGAUCCAACCAGUGUGCCGACUGGGCCAUGCGCGAGAGGCUACUACUGCAGCUCCCGAGCAGCAACAUCAACUCCAGACGACAAUUUUGCUACAGGUGGCGUUUGUAAAGACGGCUAUGUUUGUUUGGGAGGCGCGAGUAUUGACGACCCUGUGGAUGGAACCACUGGCCGUCUGUGCGCACCUGGCUCAUUCUGCAUCAACGGCACAGAGCAAGCUUGCCCCAUUCACACUUACACAGCCAUCGCUGGCCAAACGGCUUGCUCCCCUUGUCCGUUGGGCCGAUUUUGCCCUGGAAACACAUCGCUGCCGUCGCCAUGUCCACCGCGCUUCUAUUGUCCAGUUGGGCCGGCUCGGUUGUGUCCCAACGGGACCUACGGCGCUCAGAUGGGAUUGGAGAGCCCCGAUCAAUGCUCGCCAUGUCCAGCAGGUCAAUAUUGCACGAAUGGCAAUGUCACGGGGCCAUGCAUCAGUGGUUACUUUUGCAAAUACGGCAACGCGCUGCCAAACCCCAUGUCGUUCAACCAGUCCCUCGUCCCGUGGCAGCAAAGUUCUGGCGGGGCGUGCCCGUACGGACAUUAUUGUCCAGAGGGGACGUCGGACCCCCUUCCGUGCCCAUCGAACUCGUCUCGCAUGCUGUCCUUUGGCGCGGUUCCGUAUGACUGCGGAGCGUGUCCGGCCGGCAAGAGUUGUCUUGACGGUGUUGUGACAGUCGAGUGUCCGCCGGGUCGGUACUGUCCGUAUGCCGAGUUGCCCAUUCCGUGUCCAACUGGGACUUUCAAUCCAUCGUUCGGAGCCAAAAGCAUCGAAUCGUGUCUGAGCUGCCGCGCAGGCAAAUGGUGCAACCGAACGGGAGUCGUCGACGACAGCAUUUACGAUUGCCCGCCGGGACACUAUUGUACGCGAGGAACGCCCGAUGCGGUUCCAUGUCCCGCUGGCACGUACUUGCCAACCGCAGGAGGCGCGAAACUGGUCGAUUGCAACACGUGUCCGGGGGGAUCAUAUUGUAUUGUGGCAUCGUUGUCGCCACUCGUUUGUGAUGCUGGCACGUAUUGCCCCCGCGGAGCAGGCGAGCCCACGGUCUGUCCUGGAGGGUACUUUUGCCCGUCCAAUUCCACAAAAGGACUGGCAUGUCCACCGGGCUACUAUUGUCCCGUCGGGUCGUCGGUACCAAUCCAGUGUGGUUUUGGCACGUACUGUCCUGGAUAUUCAAGCAGCCCGACCCCAUGUCCGUUGGGAUCGCUCUCGAUUCAAAAACCCGAGGGAGGCAACUACUCUUCACUGCACGAAGUGAGUUUCGUCAACAGUGUCGUUGAAAUUGACUCGAGACGAUUUGUUUGCCUCGAAGGCGCAACGUCUCCGUCGCCCCAGAGCGUCACAACUGACCACGGGUACCCUUGCCCUGCGGGCUACUACUGCACGAACGGAACGUACUUGGAAGCCGCGUGCCCGGUCGGCACAUUCAAUCCGAGCAUGGGUGGCACAAGCCUGGCGUCGUGCCAAACGUGCCCUGCAAACACAUAUCAAUACUCCAGAGGACAGGCCACGUGCUAUCCGUGCUCCAAGAGUGCAUCGUCGCCUGUGGGCUCGACGCAAUGCAACUGCGUGGGCAAUCACCGCGCGUUUCAGCUCUCGGACGGGUUUUGCAUUUGCGAGCCUGGUUACGAGUAUUAUGAUGCGAACGGGUUGCUGCGAUCGGAUCAAGACGACACAGUGGACUGCCAACCGAUGGUGUACUCCCGAUGUGGAUCUGGCCAAGUGCGAACGCUGGGAGGAGCCUGCCAAGACGCGUCGCUGAUUUCGUGCAAUUCAUCUUGCAAUGGCGGUACAGGCGAGUUCCUACCGACGUCGGGGGUGUGUCAAUGCACUAAUGUCCCGGACUUGGACACGAUUUGCAAUGCCGCGUGCCGGGCAUCAUCCACUCAACUACGUUUCAAUUCUCAAACGAACACAUUGGAGUCGUUUAACCCAGUUACUGGCGUGUCGACGCCAGUGCCGGCGACGGACCAGGCCAACAUCUUUGGAACGCUGUCAUGCGUGGCCAAUGGCACAUCCAGCUGCAAUGUCGUGAGUAUUGAAACCUCCGGCAGUUCAUUUUCUGGAACGUACGAUGCAACCCUUCCAGCUGCAGUCAAUUCCAAGAGGCGCCGGCUGGCCGAAGCGAAAUCUGGCAUCGUGAACCCCAUGCUGUGUCUUCAAAAAGGCGACUCGAUCAUGUUUUCCGUGUCCAACCAGAGCUACCCCGUGUAUGCCAAGGAUUCGCUCAUGAACACGAACCCGCAAUUUGACUACGGUGCAUUUCGAACGCUUGACGAAAAGAUGAAGGCCAACACGGUGGCGAUCGCAGCGUUUGCGUUUUCGUUUGUCCAGAGCGGAAUCUAUGUCUUUGUCCUGAGUAAUAACCCUGACGCGCUGACCAUAGUGACCGUCAUGGAGACGGGUGUCAAAUGCCCGACCGAUGGACCUAUUGUGCCUCUGACGCAAGCCAACCUCAUCAAGCUGAACGCAAAACCCAGCAACGACAUCAUCUUGGCGCCGGACUGGGGGUUGAUUGCCGGGUUGCUUGCUGCAUUGUUUGGGGUUGUGGCUGGUUUGAUCUUUGGUUUGUACUACUUUCGGCGAAAGAGUUGGGUUGGAAAGCAAGCAAGUGUUGGCGGCUACAAGGAAAAGGCCCGUGGGUUCAACUUGUCCAACCUAACAUCGAAAGGGUCUAUCGUGAAGAAGAAUGCAAAGCCAGUCACGGACAUUGUGCCGUCGGAUGACUUGGAAGCAAAAGCCAAGACACCUGGCGAGUACCAACCCGAGCUCAAUCGAUGGGACGGCGACGAUUUGGGAAUUCGUGAGCUUGUCGAUCGUCUUCAGUUCCACCACGACAGCGUCGAAAAAUCGUUCCACGACCAAGAGGCAGGAGCCGUUAAAAUGAUGAAGUUGCUGCAAAACGAAGCCGACGAACUCAAGCGGUUGCUGGCAUCGAUUGUGGUUGCGCAGUCCAGCGAGAAGGAUGCUGAAGGCUGCGACGCAGAACUCGUCUUGGUCGAAUCCCUCGAAAGAAGCGCCGCUGCCAGAGCCGAAUUCGAAGCGCAGCAAUGUACUGCCGAGGGCGCCCUCCUUGUAUCUGCAAACUGUUUGGCAGCCACGGUUCAAGACAAAGGCAUUGUCUCGACCAUCAUUGAUGAAAUGGUGAAAGGAAACGGAUCUUCCCCACUGUUGCAAGCAAUCACGACUGAAUUGCACACACUUACUCAAGCAAUCACUUCCACGACGGAGCCAACAAUGGGAGUAUGGCCAAUUCUCCAGAGCGAACAAAAUCGCCGAAAAGUGGAUGCUGCUGUGUGGAAUGCAUUUGGCAAGACGACUCGCGACUUGCUCUCGCCGGAAUUGCUGCAAUUAAAGCAAAGCUGCAAUCGCCACGCCAGUGAAUGCGAUGAACGGGCCGCGGAAGUGUGCGAGAGUUUGCUCAAAUUUAGCAAUGUCGCUCCGUCAUACAUGAAGAAGCUCGAGGCGUUCCAGGAAGCAUGUGCCCUUGAGAUUAAAGAAGCCUUGGAGCAGCAAAAUCCGGCCUUGAUCAAGCCGCUCAAGCAAAAACAAGAGAAGGGUCUCCAAACACUGUUGAAGGAACUACAAGUCGGUGCAUCAAAACUUGUGGCGAAAAUUGAAGCAGAUCAGAAGCAACUCAAUGCACUUCGAACAAAAUUUACACCGGACGCGAUCAUCAUGCAGCGCGCGCUCGCUGACCUCAAGAACGACUUGACGCUGGCUAAAGCAGCGACAAAUCCCGCCAAUGAUGUCGCCGAGUUGGUCGCUCAAUUGAGAACGCUGCUGUCGAAUCCAGGCCAGUUUCAACUCAUGGCUCCAGCGGUUGCCCCCACUCUCAAUUUGGACGCAAUGUUUGCUGAAACGGAAACAAUGGCGGAGCCAAUCUUUGAGGAAGAUGGCGGCGACAUGGCAGAGCUGCAGCAACUCAUGGACGACGAAGUUGAAGGCGAUGCCAUCCAAGACGAGUUGAAGGCGGCCAACAUGCGAAACGAGUUCAUUUCUGAAUUGAACGCGAACACGAGCUUGACAGAAGAGGAUCGACAGAUACUGUUGGAUGAGUUCAACGAAGACAUGGCACAAUUGGAGGCGUCCCUGUGCCUGGAGCGCCACAAACAAGAAGAGCACUUGCGCAAUCGGUUGGCAAUUCGAAAGCUGAAAAAGCACACGGAGAGUAACCUACUGUUGGAAGACCAAGCGCUGAAAGCCGCGAUGCGAGAGAAGCAGGAACUGGAACUGAAAGAGCUCGAGCGCACGUUUGCCGAGGAACAGGCCAAGAUCGAACAAGAGUUUCAAACAAAGUUGGACAGCGUGAAACAAAAGUCGUCGCAGUUGCUUGUUCGAGGCAACACUCAAAAACGAAUCAACGAUGUCGACGACGAAAGCGUGUCAAAAGCAAUCCGAAAUGAGUUCAAUGCCAAGUGGAACGAACGGCAACGACUGCUCGAAGACGAGAAGGCACGUGCCAAGGCAAAACUCAAUGCUCGAAAGAAAGCAAGGUCAGCGGCGAAGGGGGAUGCCACGCCAGCAGCGGACGGCACAGCUGCACUAUUUGCAGCUAUGAACGACAUUGAAUCCAAUCAGAUGACGCGCGCAAUCACAACGAAGCACGACAUACUGCAAUAUGAACGAUUAGCCGAUGCGAUCCAAUCGAACUGUGCAAGUCCAGCGGAUGUUGCUCAAUUGCAAACGGUGCUGGCAUCCAAUUCGACCAAAUGGAGCGAGCGCGUGCACGAUGUGGUUGCCGAUGAACUUCAGUGGUCACAUCAGUGGAGUCAAGUCAAGCCGGACAAAUUGACACCGGAGCUCCUUCACAUAAAUACAAAGAUGAAAAUGCUCUUUGAAACAGAACGUGAGCAACUCGAACGUUGCCAAGUCCAAGAGAAGGCUCAACUUGGAACACUCUCCACUGACGAUGAAGACGUGUUGAACCAGAUGCAUAAUGAAUUCAAGGCAAAAUGGGAUGCUCGAAAUAUGGCGUUGCUGGACGAAGAGCAGCUCCAACGACAAAAGCUUCUCGAUCGAAAAUCCAAGCGAAAACGUCAAGCAGGAGCUGCUUUACCAGAGGAUGUCCAGGAAUCCGAGUUGCUGCUCGCCAUGGUGGAAGAGCGCCAGAGUUUGGACGAGAUUGGCAAGAUUAUCAAGGCGACUGCAAUUAAAUCCUUGGGUGACGCCAACAACGACGACACUAUUGCACAGAUCCAAGACAAGUUUGCCCAGGAGUGGGCACGUCAGAAGGAAAUGCUACUUGCGGAAGCAAACGUCAAGCGUGUCCAGCUCCAGGAACGCCUGAAGAGGAGAAAAGAUACGAUGCAUCCUGACGACGAGGACGCUACCCUAAUGUUGGAACAACUCGAGACAAAGCAGGCCGCACUGGACAUUGAAAUCGAUGCGGACGCUGUCAACACUGGAAUCUUGGCCGACAAAGUCAUGCUUGAAGCCCUGACGACGCAAGAUCAGGAUGUCAUCAAUGACAUUUUGAAUUCCCACGACAAAAAAUGGAGUGAGCGGCAAAAGGCACUGGAAGACGAUGCAGCGUUGGCGCGAGCAAGUUUGGCCUGUCGCCUCGACAAGAAGCGCAAGGGGUGUUUGGAGUCGGCCCUCGAAUCCAUGCUGCAGAUCAAGGCAGAAGCUCUGAAAGCUGCCAAAUUGGUUGAGAAAGCUCAACUUGGCACAAUCUCUGCCCACGAAAUGCAGCAGAUUGAACAGUUAACGGCUGAGCACGAUGCAAAAUGGGCUGCGCGACACAAAGAACUGGACGCCAACGAAGAAAAAUGGACUGCGCAACUCACUGCUGGUGCAACGUCCAAAGAAGAGCUCGACGAGUUCGAAAUGGACGUUCGAUUGCUACGCAAUGAACUCGCGAUGCACGAAGCCAAGGCAAAAGCACGCAUCGUUGCUUUGCAAAGAGUGGACAUUGACCGGGACGAUGCAGCAAUUAUUCAAAGGCUGCACGACGACUUGAAAAAGAGUAUGGACAAUGCGAAAGCGGAGAUCGAUGAUGAAGAGGCGCGGCUCCGAGGCCGGCUCCGCGAUCGACUGGCACGAAUUGCCAAGUCCAAAGAUGAUGCAGCAAUGGUAGAAAAGCAGGUGGAAGCCGAAGCGGCUGCCAAGAAGACCCACGACGAGCUUUCCAUUUUGGUGGCAAAGGCGGAAAGCAACCCACUGACCUCCGAUGACGACGAAACGAUUCGCAAGCUACGGGAAGCGCACGAACGUGAUGCAAAGGCUCGCAAUCAACAACUGCUAGACGAAGAGCAGCGUUUGAAAAGUAACCUGCAGGAUCGCCUCAAGGCAAAGCGUGAUGCGUUGGCAAAGCAACAGUUCGAUACGCCAGCUGCCAGAGCACAGGCGCUUGCCCAAGUGAACGACGAAGAGAGGCUUCAGCUGGAGCAAGUGGAGCAUCACAUGGAUGCCAAACGUGAGCAGCAAGCGCUGCAAGAGCUGCAGACGGAAGCGCAAUUCAUUCAGCUGCAGUCGCCCAACAACGAUGACGAAGCCAUCGCUAAGUUGCGAGCUGAGCACGAUGCAAAGUGGAAUGAAAAGUUGGCAGAGCUGGAAGAUGAAGCAAAACGGCGGCGCCAGAGAUUGCAUGAUCGAUUAGCAGCAAAGCGAAAGCAUGUUGAAGCGUUGCCGCUGCUGGACAAACAAGAAGCUGAGAAGGAGCUCAAGUUAGAAGAAGCAAGAGGGUCGACAGAAAUUGAGCAAUUCGUCGAAGUGACCAAGGAACGAUUGGGAUUGGAACAGAUUACUGAAAAAGCUAAGCUCAAUCUUUUGACACCUGAUGACGAAGCCUUGAUAAAAGAGAUUCAAAGUCACCACCAAAAGAAGUGGCGCGCCAGGCAACAGGAGGUCAACGACGAUGAAACCCGUCGGAAAGCAGCAUUGCGAGCACGUUUGACAGCGAAGCGCGAUGCAAACCGUCGCACCACGAAGCCAACCGACGAAAAAGAAGUGUGCGCGAUGCAACUCGAUGCCCAGGAAAAUGUCGACAUGCAGCAAAUCGAGGAAAUGGCCGACUUGAAGCGACACGUGCUUGCCGAAGAAGCAAAGGUUGAGGCCCAGCUCCUCACGCAACUCAACACCCCUCCAAACUACGAUGACGACAUCGACAGGUUGCAAGCUGAUUACGCCAAACGAUCGAAAGAACGAGAGGCAUGGUUGAAGGCCGAAGAGGCUCGCAUGCGACAGCAUUUCAAGAUCCGGCUUGCCAAACGAUUGAAACUUGGCGAUCCUGCUACGCCCGACGAAGUGGAAGCGAUGGAACAAGCGGUCGAGCGAGAAAUCUCUGACAUGCGAUGCCAAGCAGAGGUGGAAGCGCUGUCGGAGAAGCAGCGGCUUAACAUCUUGUCCUACGACGACGAGGAUUUAUUGCAAAAGCUUCAAGCCCAACACGACGCCAAGUGGGCCGACCGGAUGCGAGAGCUUGAGGACGAAGCGGCACGACGAAAGCUGCAAUUGAAAGAUAGAUUGAUGAAAAAGCGAAGCAAGAACAAAGCCAGCGACUUGUCUCCAGCAGAAAGGGAUGUGAUUGACCGUCAAUUGGACGUGGAAGAGAACGUUUUGUCCAAAGCAGCAGAUGAUCACCUCGUAAUGGCAAAACAGCGCGCCAUGGUGGCGAAACUGCUGGAAAAGAAGCUCAUUGGAGUAUUCACUCCAGACGACGAAGAGUUAAUUCGACAGAUCCAAGACAACCAUCAAAAGUUGUGGGGCGAGAGGAAAAAGGCACUCGAGGACGAAGCUGCGCGCCGCAAGAAUGACGUCCGCGAUCGGUUGGCAGCUCGAAAACUAGCCAAAACCAUGUCUUCCCCCGAGGAAAUUGCAGCCCUCGAAUCUGUGGUGGCAUUGCAAGAAGCUGCAGAAACCUUGCAAGUAGAUACAAAUCUGAGCGACGAACUACAAGAGUUGAGUGAGAAACGUACCAAAGAAGCGUCCCAACUUGACAAACUGGACGCUCCCCCCAACUACGACGACGACAUUUCCCGGCUUCAGGCCGAACACGAGCGCAUGAGCAGGGAGCGUCGGCGAUUGCUCGAAGAUGAAGAAGCGAGGCUGCGUAGUCGACUCAAGGAUCGCUUGUCGAAGCGACGAAAGCUCGGCGAAACAAUCACCGGCGAAGAAAUGCGCGACCUGGAGGUGGCCAUGACAGCCGAAAUUCAAGCCAAUCGUGCCACGCUGGAAAUUGAAAUUCUAGCUGACAAGGCCAAGAAGAAUCUCUUGACGUCGGACGACGAAGAGAUGAUUCGCAAGCUCCGAGAAGAGCACGACAGCAAGUGGAGAGCAAAGGUGGCUGAGUUGGAAGAUGAAGCGAAGCGCCGGAAGCAGCAUCUGCAGGACAGGCUCUCCAAGAAACGUGCAAUGCUGGAGGGAAUGUCUGGGCCAGAGAAGCACGUAGCUGCGGCAGUAUUCGUUGCUGAAGAAGGUGACGCUCUCGCCGAGCUCGCCGGCGACCUCGAGAAUGCCAAGAACCAACUCAUGCUGAAUCAAGUGACUGAAAAGGCCAGCUUGAACAUGCUCACACCAGACGACAGCGACGUGAUCAAGAAGAUUCAACGAGACCAUGAUAUGAUGUGGCGAGAUCGGCAAAAGGCGCUUGAUGACGAAGAAGCGCGGAAGAGAGAUGCGUUGAAAACUCGAUUGGCUGCAAAACGGGAAGCCAACAGACUUAGCAGUCAAUCGGCGGAUAAGAAGCAAGCGGUGGACAAACAAUUAGACGAAGAGGAAGCCGCUGAGAUUAAAUUAAUCCAACAAGUCGUCGAGGAAAAGCGCCAGGAUAUCCAAGCAGAGGCAUCAGUUCAACUCGAUCGAAUCAAGCAGCUACAAGCAAACUUUGACGAUGACAUUCAAAUGUUGUUCGACGAGCACGCGCGUCGAUGCAAAGAGCGCCAACGAUUACUCGAGGACGACGAAGCGCGCAUGCGAAAUCGGCUACAAGAGCGCCUUGCCCGUCGAACGAAGCAUGACGAUUACGCGGUGACGCGUGAAGAGGAGGCUGUGAUGCACGAGCAGCUUCAAGCAGAGAUCGACACUAGGCGACAGCAAAUUCAAGAAGAGCACACGCGAACAAGUGCAGACAAGCGGCGCAGUUUGGAUGAAGAAGAGACAAUCCUCAAGCAAAAAUUGGCCGAUCGAUUGACCAAAAAGCGCGAUAGAGUCAAACAAGUGGCGACUUCGGCGGUCGCCGACCAGCUCAAUUUGCUUCUCGAUCGCGAAGCCGAUUCGGAAUUGCGGGCAAUUGAGAAUGCGAUGGAUGAAAAGCGCAAAGUGCUCGAGUCCACGGAGAGGCUGGUGAAGGGAUGGACCCCGACGGCUGCACCAACCGACAAUGAGAAGGAAAUUGACUUGAUCAACGCGGAGCUGGCCAAGCACACGAAAGACCGCCAGCGCAUGCUGGAUGAAGAGGAACAACUCAAGAAAACUCGGUUGCAAGAACGCAUGGAAAAGAAGCGAAAACUUCGUGAGGAUGCCAAACAGGCCGCUGAUCGACCGUCAACUGCCGACCACGCUGUGGAAAUGACGCAAGAAGUGGUAAAAAUUGAGGCCGAAAUGGCCGCAAAACGCCUCGAACUGGAGGCGGAAGCGGAAAAAGAACGGCAACUCCUGGCAUCCGCGGUGCAACAGGCAAAAGGCAAUGUCGACGCCAUGGUCGAAAAAGUCAAGCAAGAUCACGAAGCCAACGUAGACCAGCUGAAAAAGACCCUCGAAGCAGAGCGUGCAAAGGAGGAGCUUGCACUGAAAGAGCGCAUUGCUGCCCGUCGCAAGCAAAAGGUUCUAGGGACGGUUGACGACAAUGUACUGGCAGCUCAGGAGGCUGCCGAGCAAAAGGCGUUGGCAGCAAAACUAGACCAGGACGCGAAGGAUGCCCUUGCAAAGGAGAAACAGCGCGCGGACUUAGAAAUGGCGGCACUGCAGCGAGAAAUCGCCAAGAAGGCGGAGCUACAGGCUCAACAAGCGGCCAUUGAAAAAAGGAUGGCCGAAGACGAAUGGACAAGACUGAAGGACAUUCACGAAAGUGAACUCAAGCAACUUCAAACCACCCUCGACUCGGAGCAGCAACGGCAAGAGUUGAAGCUCAAAGAUCGAAUUCGGAUUCGCCGCGAGCAGAAGGAGCGAGAAUUGGCUCAGUGUAAAGACCAAGCGGAAAUUGACAAGGCGCGUGCUCUGCUCGAGGAGCAAGAAAUUGCUGAAAAGGUGAAGUUGGCCGCUCAAAUGGCCAAACAAGCCGAAGACGCGUUGCACGAAGAGUUGACACGGCAGGAGGAGGCAAAACGAGCGGCUGAACACAAGAUCCAUCAAGCGGCUAUUGAAGCUGCAGCUGCGACGGCUGCCAUUGACGCUUUUCGCGCGGCGGAGCUCGAACGCGUGUCCAUGGAGUAUUCGAACAAGAUGAACCAGUUCCAGCAAGACACAGCCAACGAAGCUCUAACUCAAAAAGCCAAGCUCGAAGCACGCAUGGCUGCGAAGAAGACGAAAAAGGCGAUGGAACUCCAGGCAAAGAAAGAGGAAGAAAAGAAAGCGCUGCUGGAGAAACAACGCCUGGAAGCUGAGGCCCUCCAAUCUCGACUAGCUGAAGCAGAGAAGCUCGCCCAACUCAACGCGAUAAUUGACGACCACGAAAAACGAACCCCACGGGUCGAAGAAACAGACGAAGGCAAUGCGUUGACAUCUGCCCAAGAGGCUGAGCUCAAGGCAUUGGAAGUCAAGCAAGCCAAUGAAAUUGCUCGCUUUGAUGCAGAAGCGCUGAACGAACAGGUCAACUCUGGCCGCCGCCUCGACGACGACCUUGCAAAAAAGUUGUCAGCGAGUCAAGAACAACUUCAAGUGAAGAAGGAACUAGAUCGUGUCACAAACGAAUUUCAGGAGAAGCUGACAGCCCACACAGACAGUCUCGAGCAAGAGAGUUCGCAAAAGAAGAAGGACCUGAUGCGUCGCCUUGAAGAGAAGAAGAAGAAGAAGAAGGACGAGCUGAUGGCGCAGCAGGCCAAGGAACGGGCAGACGCAGCGCAGACUCAGAAAUCAGACCAAGAGAAGCUCGCCAACAAACUCGAAAUGGAGCGCGAGGUCGCGAUGAUUCAAAAACUACUGGCCCAAAACAACAUCGUCGUGUCCCAGCUCACGCCCAUCAUCGAGCGCGUUGUUGAGAAGCGUCACAAACGGGAGCAAUCGCUGCUGUUCGCCAAGCAAUACAGAGAUCGCACGGCCGUAUUGCGCGACGCUUUACAAGCGUUGAUGCAGCAAAAAGCCAAAGAUAAGGCUGCGUUGCUCGAAUCGACGGGCGACCCCACUGAGCGUGAUCGACAAUUGGAAGAGCUCGAUGCCCUGUAUCGAGUAAAGCAGCAGGAUAUAGAAGCUUCAGGCACCCAAGACGUCGAAGCUGCACAAACAAGGGAACAAGCGAGUUUGAAAGAGCGCCAAGUCGCGGACAUUGCGUACUUGUACCAGCAAUUCGUAGCCCAGUGCAAGCCAGAUGUCGUCACGCCUGCCACGGUGCCUGCGACCCAGGUUGCUGUCGCUGCUGCCACCACCACAACGGUCGACGAUGAGACGGCUGGUCUUCGUGGUCACUUGGAGUUGGAAAAACAAGCUCGCAUCGACUCCAUUGUCCAAGCUGGCGCAUCUGCUAUGCAGAAACUACGUGAAGAUUUAGCGAGCGAGUGGAAGGAACUGGACGAGGCGUAUGCUGCCCAGUUGGCCGUGGAGCGCCAAGAUAGCGAGCAUGGAUGGCAGCGUCAAAAAGAAAAGAUAUUGGCUCAGUCAGUGAGUGAAAAGCGACGGACAGCGUUGAUCGCAGCGUUGGAGGUCGAACGGCAGAAGCAAGAAGCGUCGCUCACGUCGAUGCUGCGCGCUCGGUUCCAAAAGAAGAAGGAGCGCAAGGAACGAGUUUGCAAGCGCCGUUUGAAGCGAACAGACGACGAUACAAAACGGCGAAUCGAAAUUAUCAAUGCUCAGUUCUUGGUGUCGUUGGCAGACGAGCUGGAGUCUCGCAAGCACAAGGAUCAGAUGGUGAAGGCCCCGUCACUGGCGCUACUGGGACUUGGGAAAGAGCGACUCCAAGGCGCCGUGAAUCGCACCAAGACCCUUGUGCGACUCGGGAGUGUCGGAGGACUGGCAGACCCACAUACUACCUCGACCAAGUUCUUGCCCGUCGACGAAGCGCCGGCCACGUCGUUGAUGGCUACAACACUAGCGCAAGGUCAUGAAAACCAACUGCAGCAACCGUCGAGCCACCCAAUGGAGGUGAUCGGUCAGAAGCUGGACAGUAUCGAGCGCCUGAUUCAACGACUUACGAGCUCCGAGCGUCCCGUUCCAAUUUCGACGGGACGUGGCUCCAUCAAGUCGGCGUUGUUGGCAGCCUAUCCAGGCCUCGAACAAGAUGCCAAGGCUGCGUCGGGACCGUUGAAAGCAUUGGAUGCCACCAAGAUGACACCUCGACAGAUCUCCCGCUUGGAAUGGGGUCGAAACUUGGUCGCGACGUUGGACCCGACGUUGAAACUUGCAGUCGCAACGAUUGUUCCGACGUCUCCCGGCGUGUUUGGCCACUCCAUGGCGUACGAUGCACAGAUCCAUACGCUGUAUGUUCGCGAAAGCCGCCUGGAGAGCGUUCCUGAGCUUGCGCUGUUGUUGGUGCACACGGCGGCCCACAUCAAGGUCCACGAGUCGGCCUUUGACGACGACAGCGAUCCAGCGUUUGUGACGGAGUUUUAUCGCAUGCUCGGGCGCUGCUACCAGGAGUUGUUUUCGAAAACGGACGAUCUUGGGCUCGUUCCGUCGGCUUCGGUCGAGUCGUUGGCCGCGUGGGGUCGAUCCAAAGAUGUACCUGGCGCGUCGCCAACAACGUAUUUCUUGCCUGGCAACAUCGAAGCACGCCUCGCCAACAUGCAGGCGUUCUUGGAUCAAAUGCAAAAUGACGUGGCAGAACGAGAUGACGCAUUGACUGUCCUCGACCACCAGCACUCGUCGAGCAAGUUAUUGCCGUUAAGAUCGAUGUCCGUGCAAGCGCCGUCAAGCAUUCGCAAAGAACGAACAUCCCCACGGUCCUUUGCGAAAGUCGGGUCUUCCAGAGCGCUCUUCAUGGCCCACGCAGAGCAGCAAGUGACGUCGCUACAGGACUGCUUGGACGUUGCAGAAAAGUCCUACAUGGAAACGCUCAAGAGGUACACAGAAGCCAGCGAUGCCGUCGAACUGCUCGAAGAUGCGCUGAGCGAAGCAGAAGCGGAGCACAUGGAGCAUGAAGUGACCCUGCUCUCGAAAAAACUGGGCGAAGCGCGGGACGAUCUCGCUCGAGUCAAGGCCGAUCGCGACGACGUUGCAAGGCGAUGUGAAAAGCUACGAGGGGAAAUUAAAGCCAAAGUUGGUGCGGUCUAA